AUGAAAAUGAACACAUACGAGUUCAUCAGCCACAUCAGCAGUGACGGAGCAUUUUACGACGACCCGGACGCGGGCGGCAGCAUUCGGCAGCUGCUGGCGAGCAAGUACGAGGCGGAGCGGGCGCAGGGCAUGAAGCGUGUGCUGGCGCUGCUGGCCACGGGGCACGACGCGUCUGAGUUGUUCACAGACGUGGUGAAGCUGGUGAUCACCCCAUCCCUCCCCAUCAAGCGCAUGGUCUGCUCCUUCAUCGCCCACUACGCUCAACGCCGUCCAUCCGAGGCCCUGAUGGUGAUAAACACGCUCCAUAAAGACCUGGGGGACCCGGAUGCAGCAGUGCGCGCCCACGCUCUGCGCGCCAUUGCUGCUAUGCGCCUGCCUGCGGCGCUGCAGAUCGCGUGUCUGGCAGUGGGGCGGGUGGCGAGGGACCCCUCUGCUCUCGUGCGCUGCACCGCUGCUCUCUGCCUGCCUGCUGUGGCCGCUGUGGGGGGCGAGGCUGUACGGGAGGAGGUUGAGGAGCUGCUCUCCGUAUUCCUCUCAGACUCCUCCCCCUCAGUCGUGGGAGCAGCAGCAGCUUCCUUCACCUCCAUCUGCCCCCACCGCCUCUCCCUGCUGCUGCCGCGCUUCCGCUUCCUCUGCCACCUGCUAGCCGACCUAGAUGCCUGCGGGCAGACCACUCUGGUGGGCUUGCUGCUGCGCUGCGCUGCUUAUGCGCAUGGGACAGUGGGGAGGGGGAGUUUGGGAGGGGUUGGUGGGGGAGAGGGAGGGGGAGGAGGAGGGGGAGGAGGAGCGGAUGGAGGAGGAGAGGGACGAGCAAGAGGAGGAGCAGCAGCAGCAGCAGCAGAAGGGGAAGGGGUGAAGGGCGUUCGUCCUGCCUCGUCCUCUUCUGCGUCCCUCACUCGCCACAUCCCAUCAGACGUGCAGCUGCUGCUGCGAUGCUCCCAGGGGCUCCUACACAGCAGCAGCAGCAGCACGGUGGCAGCAGCGGCGACAGUGCAAUGGGAGCUCAACCCCAGUGAUGCCGAUGUUGGAACGCUGGUUGUGCCGCCGCUGCUCUUCCUCCUUCGCUCCACACCGCACGCACAAAUGGCUGUCCUAACCAUCAUAUCCACCAUGGCACAUCGCCGCCCAUCCAUCUUCGUACCCUACAUGCAUCUCCUCUACCCCUCAGCGGUCGACCUGCCCCCUCUGCGGGCUCACAAGCUCGCCCUGCUGCCUCUCCUCGCCACGCCUGCCAACGCCUCUGCCCUGCUGCAAGAGCUCCAGGCCUGCCUUCGUUCAGCAGACGCUACGUCUGCCUGUGCCAUCAUUGCAGCAGUCACACGGGUGGCUGAGAGCGUACCAGAUGUCGCAGCGUCAGUGGUGGAGGGGCUGGUGCAGCUGGCAAUACAGCGAGGCUCCUGUGGUGGUAUCAGCAGCAGCGGUGCUGCUGGUGCUGCUGGUGGUGGUGCUGCUCGUGAGAGUGCAGAGGCAGGGACAACAGGAGAACACGCAGGGGAGGAACAGGAGGAGGAGUGUAAGGAAGGCCGGCAGCAGGAGGGGAAUGGACAGGAGAAUGGGCGGGAGGAAGGGGAGGAGGAAGGGCAGGGGAAUGAGGAGAAGUGUGAGGAAGGGGAGGAGGGAGAAGAGGAGGAGGGGGAGGAGGAGCUUAGGAUGGAGUUGAGGGCGAUGCAGAGUGGUGUGGUUCUGGAGGCUUUACAUGGAGCGAAACGGCUAAUUGAAGGAUGUACUGCUGCACACGGCAAGGUGCUACUCCGGCUGCUCCUAUCCCUCCCAUCCAUCCACCCCCCUGAAGCCAGGGCCCUCAUACUCUCUCUCCUCGCCCACGCCGCCCGCUCCUUACCCCCCCUCCUCCUCGCCUGCCCCACUGCACUCUCCCUGCUCCUCCCCUCCCUCCCCUCCCAACCGCCCUCGGUCAAGCUGCAACUGCUCAAUGCUGCGGCUAAGGUGUACCUUUUGAUUGCAGCUCCACAUGUCAACAACCCGCCCAUCUCCUUCACAGCACUAGAAUCCUCUGACCUGCGGGCAGCGCACACCACCAUAUCCCACGUGCUAUCCUCUGCUCUCUCCAUCUGCGCAUCAGACCCCUCUUCCGAUUCAUCUCCUGGCCUAGAUGGGCCUUCUGCUGCUGGUGGCGGUGCUGCUGGUGACGCUGCUGGUAACGCUGCUGCUGGUGGUGCUGGUACUGGUGGUGGUGGUGGUGCUGGUGCUGGUGGUGGUGGCAGGGAAGUGAGAGACGGUGGCGAUCUGGCAUCGUGGCUAGGCGAGGAUGUGGAUGGGGGGAGAGUGGCAGAUGGUGGGGGUGAUGGUCGUAGUGCAGUAGAGGCGGGCUACCAGGUGAAUGAUCAACACACAGGUGCUGAGGGAUCGAGAGGUGGUGGCGCUGUUGCUGGAGAGGGAGAGGGAGUAGUGGGUGGGGGGAGUGGAGUGUAUGCAGUUGGGCGGGAGGUAGGGAGCGUGAAUGACAGAACAGGCGGAGCCUCUGCUGCUGCUGCUGCUGCUGCUGGUACCCGGCAGGAGAUAGAGGGUUUUGAGGCGGCUUACCAACAAUUCCAGAGCAAGCGGAAUGUGGAGGCUUGGUUGGAGGACUAG